CGCUGUUUUUCGGUGAACAGGGUUUUCAGCCGUUUUUCCGGUGACAGCAGGGGAAUGACAACAUCGACAGUCACGGCCCUUCUCCCAUCCAGGCUAAGUGCAGAACAUCGACAAAAAGAAGGUGUCUCUACCUUUGGACCUCGGGGUCUGUGUUUGGGGAAUUUAUUCUUUAUGUGCCACUGGGGGCAGAAGCAGCAUGGCAGAUGACAAGGACGUGUUGAGAGACGUUUGGUUCGGCCGGAUCCCCACCUGCUUCACUUUGAACCAGGAUGAGGUUACGGAGAGAGAGGCCGAGCCCUACUAUCUGCUGUUACCCAGGGUGAGCUACCUGACUCUGGUUACAGACAAGGUGAAAAAACACUUUCUCAAAGUGAUGAAGGCCGAGGACGUGGAGGAGAUGUGGUUUGAGUAUGAAGGAACACCACUGAAAUGGCACUAUCCAAUCGGAGUUCUUUUUGACCUUCAUGCCUCCAACACUGUCUUACCCUGGAGCAUCACUGUGCACUUUAAGAAUUUUCCAGAUCGUGACCUGCUCCACUGCCCGUCCAACUCUGUGAUCGAGGCUCACUUCAUGUCCAGCAUCAAGGAGGCCGACGCCCUCAAGCACAAGAGCCAAGUAGUUAACGACAUGCAGAAGAAAGACCACAAACAGCUGUGGAUGGGCCUGCAGAAUGAUAAGUUUGACCAGUUCUGGGCCAUGAACAGGAAGCUGAUGGAGUACCCCACUGAGGAGGGAGGCUUCAGAUACAUCCCCUUCAGGAUAUACCAGGUAA